AGCUCCCGCUCACCAAACAAAUAAAUACCAGCUCCAUCGAUCAGGCUAUCUCCCGUCACCAACAAAGAAACCAUGACGACCAGCCGCAGCGCGCCGCUCCUCCUCGUGCUCGCGCUGCUGGCCGGCCUGCAAGCCGCCGCCGCCGCUGCAUCGCCGGUGGACACGGUGGCCGACUCGUGCGACCUGAUCCGCGACUUCGUGGACUACACCUUCUGCGUGACCGCGCUGCGGUCCGCCGGCCCGGGCGCGUCGACGGCGGACCGGCACGCGCACCUCCUCAUCGCGGCCGACCUCGCCGUGGCGCGCGGGGCGUCGGCGCGCGACGCCGCGGACGCGAUGGCGCGCGCUGAGCGCGACCCGGCGGCGCGCGACGCGCUGGAGGCGUGCGGCUUCCUGUACGGGGCGUCGUCGGUGCCGGCGCUGCGGUUCUUGCGCGGGUACGCGGCGGCGAGCGCGUGGGACCGGGCACGGGAGCUGCUCCAGCUCACGGGGCAGGCCGGCUUCGGGUGCGAGGCGGCGCUGGACGAAGCGCCGCAGGCCAAGGGGAGGAUGGCGGCGGCGAACAAGGAGUUCCAACAGCUCGACGCCAUGACCACGGCACUGUUCAACAAGAUCGCUGUACGGCACGGCUAGCUGGGAUGUCGUAGGCUGUAGAUGACAUGCAUGGCGCCAGCGGAACUGUGACGUGGUCCGUCGUCAAUAAAUUUAGUAAAUCUUUUCAGUGAAA